AUGGAUGAUCUUAUUGUUGGCGGGAAUGAUUUCGCUGCUCUAGAGGCUUUUAAGGCCUAUGUUUGUGCUUACUUCAAAAUGAAGGAUAUGGGUCCUUUGAAAUACUUUCUUGGCAUUGAGGUUGCUCGUAGUGUAUCUCGUCUCUUUCUUUGCCAACAAAAGUACACUUUGUUUAUUAUCUCUGAAGCUUGUCUUUUAGGCUCUAAGCCUGCUAGCUUCCCCGUUGAGCAGAACCGUAGACUUGCUCUCGGCAUCGGUGUUUUCCUUGAUGAUCCCGAGCCUUAUUGGCGCUUGGUUGGUCGAGUCAUCUAUUUAUCUGUCACCCGCCCGGAUUUGGCCUACUUAGUUCAUAUCUUAUCUCGGUUUAUGCAGUCCCCUCACAUUAAUCAUUGGGAGGCUGCUUUACGUGUUAUUCGUUAUUUGAAGGGCACCCAUGGCCAGGGUAUCCUUCUUUGGGCCGAUAGUGAUCUGACCUUAGCAGGCUGGUGUGACUCUGGUUGGGCCGCCUGCCCUCUUACCUGCCGCUCUCUUACAGGUUGGCUUGUCUUUCUUAGUGCUUCCCCCAUUUCUAAAAAGACCAAGAAACAAGCUACUGUGCCUCGUUCUUCAGCUGAGGCUGAAUACUUCUCUAUGGCGGCUGUUACUUGUGACUUGAAAUGGUUAAAGGGUCUCUUACUCAAUCUAGGCAUUCAUCAUCCUAUUGCUAUUCGUUUAUUUUGUGAUAGUCAAUAUGCUCUUCAUCUGGCCAAAAAUCAUGUUUUUUCAUGA